GUAACUAUCAAAUAUGAAUCAAAUACGAGGAGGUAUAGCGAGAUUGAAAUUUAAAAUACCUAAACCCGAAAACUAAAAACAUAUAGCGAUCAAGGUGCGGCGCCACCUGACAAUCCCAAGUCGCCCUACUGCGCCGCUGCAAUACAGCCGCCAAAGUGCCGCCGCAUCUCGACAGUUGCCUUGCCGUAACCGUGCCGCUGCAAUACCGUGGCCGCAGUCUUGCUGCAUCUCCACCGUUGCCUCACCGUAGUCAGCGUCAACAUUUUAUAGGUAUCAACAAAACAUAACGUCUGUUCUAGACUGUUUAGUUUGGAUGUGUCAGUUUGUUACCAGUUGCCAAUUCGGAAAGAGGUAGGUUUUAAAGAAGGCUUUAGCAACCAAGUCAUUCUCCUCCGUUGAUUUCGGGAACUCAGAACUACACUACCUAAUAGCUGAUCUAUCUGACCUAGUUCUUGCCAAGCUCCAGCAAUUCCAGUCGAUAAGCAGCGAGGCACUUGAAAACAAGGGACAGGGAACUUCUUUAACAACCGUGAGCUAGGAUUAAGGUCUCACGGAUUACUCCUUUUAACAGAUAGCGUGGUGAGCCUUGUUGCGUGAAAAGAUUUGAGAUUGAAUUCAUUCACAUCAAACAGAACCACCAUAUUCUAAAGACAGGUUUUUGCUUGUAAGCGGAAACAUGUCUGCUACUACAUCCCAAAUAGAAGAACAAGCAGAUAAGGUCUCAAUUAGAGCCAUCCACAAAGGGCUAACCCUAUGUGAACAAUGCAAAUCUAACCCAUCAAAGUACAAGUGCCCUGGUUGCUCCAUACAAUCAUGCAGUCUUCCUUGUGUAAAAGCUCACAAACAGCGUACCGGGUGUACUGGAAAGAGGAACCAAACUCAAUUUGUUCCUAUUUCUCAGUUCAAUGACGAUAUCUUAUUAUCUGAUUAUAAUUUGCUUGAGGAAGUGAAGAGGGUGGCUGAAGCUUCUGAGAGAAAGAGAAGUAAAUUAGGCAUGUAUACAUAUUUUAAGUUACCUUAUCACCUCAAAAGCCUACGAGAUGCUGCUGGAAGCCGGAGCACUAAACUGUUUUUUCUCCCUAAUGGAAUGUCAAAAAGAGAGAAUAAUAAGUCUCAAUAUAACCAAAGGAAGAAGUUUAUAUCUUGGACAAUAGAAUGGCGUUUUCACUCAACAAAUAUUGUUUUACACGACCACGGAGUUCAUGAAAGUACAAGCUUUUGCUCUGUUCUUGAGAAGCACCUCAAACCUGGUCCUUGGAAUCAUCAACUAAAGGAAUUUUGUAAUGACCAACUGGAUCGUCUCAAGCUCUUCAUUCGUAAAUAUCCAAAGGGUCCCAAGUCACCCUUCAAAGAGUUGGAUAUGAAAGCACCAAUCAGAGAGCAAUUGAAAAAUGUAGUCAUUUUGGAGUUUCCUGUUGUUUUUGUUUUCUUGCCGUCUCACAACAUCAAUUUUGAAGUUAUUAAGGACGUCGAUUGUAGUACACCUAAAUCACCGCUGAAAGAUAGUGAAAUCAACCUAAGUCCAGAAGGUAUAACGUUCAGGGAAGAAGUAGUGAUAGAAGAUGACAACAGUGAUCCUAAGGUUUUUGAUCUCCUGAAGUUCGUGGAAACCGUGGAACCAAGUUCAUCGCAUCAAGCACCAAAUGAUUCAUUAGAUAAACCAGUGUUUGAAGGAGAGAUUGAGGGUAAUCUUUCCCCCGCUUCUCUGAUAGACAGGGAACUAAAAAUGUCUGAAGGUGUGACAUUUGACUUUGAGCAAGAAUUUAUGGAUGAUAUCUAUGCUGAUCUUAUGUCUCACUUGAAUCCUGAUGAAUUCCUCAAUUUUGAUAAUGAAUUUGCCAAAAAAGAUGAAGUAGAUCUGUUUGGUGCUGAUGGCGAGUUCCGCGUGCCAAAGGAAUUGGAGGAAGGGGAAAUUCUAGAAUGAUUGGUAGCUAUAGUAUUUGUUUGGACCUUUGGUGAGAAAUGAAAUUAUUGCGUUCAAAUGCAUAUUUACCGUUAAAUUUCAGAAGCUUCAAGAUGUAGCUUUCGUGUGGACGUGUGGCUGGUGUCCUGCGAACAAAAAAAAACAGACAUAUAGCCAUAUUUGCUGAAGGUCAAAUUUUGGUAUUCAAUUAUUUUACUUGUUUGCUAGCAUACUUUUAAAGAGAUUUUUUAUUACAAUUUCAUGGAUUUUUCCAAGCUGUCUUUUCUUGCUUCCAGGGUAAAUUCAAAAUUGUAUUAUUAAUCUAUAAUAAUUUAUAUAAAAGGAUAUAAGGUGAGAUUUUGGUGC